CUGAGCUUCACCAGGUUCCCCUUCCGAGUCACAGAACCUUUGAAGAGGGAAAAGGAGACAGACAUGAGGCUCUUCAUCAUCUGCCUCUUGGGCUUGCUGAUGGACUGCCUGCUGCUGCCAGACACCGAAUGCCGAAUCCUUGAGCGAUCCAUGGAAGUCAGAAAUCCAGACAUUGAUCCUUCCUGGUACACGGGGCGAGGGAUCCGACCUGUGGGACGGUUUGGCAGAAGGAGAGCAGCUGGAGAGAAGGCCCAGAAAAGUGACCACCGGCCCCAGCAAGCCUGCUUCCCCAUAGGAGACAGCGAUGAGCAGCUGCAAUAUGAAUGAUGCCUCAGAAGUGAAAGAGCGCCCGUCCCGAGAAGAAAGAACACACACACACAAACAUCGCAAUCUCUCCGGAGGCCAAAUAAAAA